UGUCUCGAAUUGGUACAAAUAAAAAAUAUGAUUUUGGGAUGACUGAUUCAGGUAAACAUAUUGUUAUGCGUUUAAUUUAGUUAGUCUUCACAUAUACUCAUUAGGAUUUAGGUUAAACUUUAUUAGCUAUUUAUAGAUUUAUAAAUAGUUAAAUUUUUUUUUACAGCCUUCAAAAAUUUUGUUGUUAAUUCAUUAACUAAAUUAAAAAAUGAAAUAGCUGCAAUACACUCAACCAUCAAUUCAACACAUCUAGCAAUGGAUACAUUUUUAAAUGAUUCUGGUCAAAAAACAGCUAAUCAACUGGCAUCUCAUUUUGCAGAUAGUUAUAGUUUGGAUGAUGUAUUUCCAAUAACUAAUGAAAAAGAAUUGGAAAUGUUGAAUAAUAAGAUAUGUCAUGAUAAACAGUUUAAAUUAGCAACGGUGUCAAAGUUAUCUUUAUUAGUAGGAAAUAAAGAUAUUGGGGAUAGUGUACGUCGUCUUGUUAGUCGCAUGUUUACUGAUGAUAUUCUCACAUUUUAUUCUUUGCAAGGAAAGAAACAGAAAAAGAAUUUUUCAAAAUUACCUGCUUAUCAACUUAUAAUCGAUGCAUUAAGAAUUCACUCGAAGUUCAAGGAUAAAAUUGACAAAGAAUUUAAUGACCCUUUGGCGAAUUGGAUAAAUCAUUCAAAAUUUAGAAUUAUAAACAAAAUGAAAGCAGCAGAAAAAACUACUUAA